CCCAACAGGAAGUCAACAGAUUUUCAAUAGGAUGCAGAUUUGCGGCUGCUAGCGUUGAUUUGACACAUACGUUAUUUUCGCCCAAAGGCGAACAUAUUUAUAAAAAAUGCCCUUAUUUGAUGGUUUAGGAAGCGGAGGGGAGAAGACUGCAAUCGUCAUCGAUUUAGGAGCAGCAUAUACAAAAUGUGGCUUUGCAGGGGAAACGGGGCCCAGGUUCAUAAUUCCGAGUGAGAUCCGGAAACCGGGACAGCAACAGGCCAUCAAGGUUGUUCAGUACAACAUCAACACAGAGGAGCUUUACGUCAUACUCAAAGAGUUUAUCCAUAUACUAUACUUCAGACACCUGCUGGUGAACCCUCGCGACAGAAGAGUGGUCAUCAUCGAGUCCCUCCUGUGCCCUUCUCACUUCAGGGAGACUCUCACCAAGGUUUUCUUCAAACAGUUUGAGGUGCCCUCUGUACUUUUUGCUCCAAGUCACCUGAUGGCCAUCAUGACGUUAGGCCUCAACUCUGGCCUGGUGAUGGACUGUGGCUACACUGAGACUUUGGUGCUGCCUGUUUAUGAGUGUACUCCUAUUCUGCCAGCUUGGGAGGCUUUGCCUUUGGGGGGGAAAUCCAUCCAUAACGAAUUAGAUGGACUUCUUGUGGAGCAGUGCACCGUGGACACAGACACUACCACUGGGCAGAGUGUGCCAGCUGUCAUUGGGACCAUCCCAGAGGAGACUGUGGAGGACAUAAAAGUGAGAACGUGUUUUGUCAGUGACCUGCAGAGAGGCCUCAAGAUCCAAGAGGCCAAAUUUAACCUGGACGGUACAGCAGAGCGUCCAGCUCCUCCACCAGAUGUUGACUAUCCUCUGGAUGGGCAGAAAAUCAUGCACGUCAAAGGUUCAAUCAGGGACUCAGUGAUGGAAAUCCUGUUUGAACAGGACAAUGAGGAGAAGAGCGUGGCAUCUCUGAUGCUCGACGCUCUCGUCAAGUGCCCCAUCGACACCCGUAAAGUGCUCUCUGAGAACCUGAUAGUGAUUGGGGGCACGGCCAUGCUGCCUGGCUUCCUGCACCGCCUGCUGGCAGAAAUACGCCUCCUGGUGGAGAAGCCCAAGUACAGCAACGUGCUGGCCAGCAAGAGCUUCCGCAUACAUGCUCCACCUGCCAAACCCAACUGCACUGCCUGGCUCGGAGGUGCCAUCUUUGGGGCCCUUCAGGACAUCCUGGGCAGCAGGUCAGUGUCCCGGGAUUAUUACAACCAGACAGGACGCAUCCCAGACUGGUGCUGCCUGAGCUCCCCUCCUCCUGAGUCUCUGUAUGAAGCAGGAAAGACCCCUCCUCCACUAAUGAAGAGAGCUUUCUCCACAGACAAGUAAAAAUAUCCUGGGGCAUGAAAUGAUGUUCCUCUCCUUCUACCCAAUAAAACAGUAAUCUCUUAAUGUAACAGCUCAACACAUAUCUUGUCACGGUGUUAACUACACAAACAGCUCUCGGUGUUUGUCGUGUCCAGUUGUCACAUCUGUGUUCUCAUAUGCAGAGAUUAUGAGACUGUUUGACGAUCAUGUUUUUGAUGUAACACUGAUAAUCUAGUAGCAGUGUCAAAAUGUCAAAUUAUGUUUUGUGCGUCAUGCAGGCAACUGAAGUCUCAUUGUGCAAGACUGAGGACGUGUCUGCACUCAUUCUUACUUCUGUUUUUGUUUACGACAGAAAUUUGCUGAUCACUAAUAACAGAUUUAGCCAUGAAGUAGUUGGAGGAGGUUGAUCAUCUUUACCAUAAAGCUGACGUUAUUUCAGUGUGAUGUAUCAUAGAUACUGGAACAUUUACAAACUCUUUCAAAAUAAGAAAAUCUGAGUGAUUUAUUUAUUUGCACUUUUCCAUGUAAAGUCAUUUCAGUGUAUUAAAGGUUCUGCACACUCGCAUAA